AUGGGAGAGGACUUGAGCGGAGGCUACUAUGAGGCUGGUGGCAGCUUUCUCAAAGUGGGACUGCCAGAAGCAUUUCCUGUGACCCAGCUGGCCUGGACCAUUGUGCGCCACAGGACUGCCCUGUACAGAGUGGGACUGCUUGAUGAGGCCCUCAGCGCUCUGAAAUGGGGGUCAGACUACCUGCUGAAAUGCCAUAAUGCCUCUGCCAACACAUUUGUUGCACUCAUGGGCGACAGCGAGGCAGACUUCAAGUAUUAUGGGCCUCCAGAGCUCUAUGAGCGCUAUGUAGGCUCUGUCAGGCCAGUCAGCUACACAGGACCAACAGCGCCGACCAGUGAGGUCAGUGCAGAAGCAGCAGCAGCUCUCGCAGCUGCAUCGCUCGCAUUCAAUGCCACGGACCCUGUGUAUGCAGCCAACCUGGUGCAGCAUGCCUCUCAGCUGUUUGACCUGGCAUCUCUGUAUCCUGGCUCCUUUAUGACGUCCAAGGACCCUGGUCUGAAAACACAUGCCAAGCUGUACCCUUCCACUGGAUUCCAUGAUGAGCUUGCCUGGGCAGCUGUCUGGCUGUUUAAGGCCACACAGGAUGGCACAUUCCUGACAGCGGCCAUGGCUCUGUUCAAUGAGUCCUAG